AUGGCCCGAUACGACAGAGCAAUCACUGUUUUCUCGCCGGAUGGCCACCUUUUCCAGGUCGAGUACGCUCUCGAAGCCGUACGCAAGGGUAACGCCGCCGUCGGUGUUCGGGGCACCGAUACUAUCGUACUUGCCGUCGAGAAAAAGUCCGCUCCUAAGCUUCAGGAUUCCAGAUCAGUGAGGAAGAUUGUCAAUUUAGAUGAUCACAUAGCCUUGGCCUGUGCUGGCCUGAAGGCCGAUGCACGUGUUUUGAUCAACAGGGCACGUAUUGAAUGCCAGAGCCACAAGCUUACGAUCGAGGACCCUGUUACCGUUGAAUACAUAACCCGUUACAUUGCCGGUCUUCAGCAGAAAUAUACACAGAGUGGUGGUGUGAGACCUUUUGGACUCUCGACCUUGAUCAUUGGGUUUGACCCACACACAGGCAUUCCAUCACUUUACCAGACAGACCCAUCCGGCACAUUCUCUGCGUGGAAAGCCAAUGCUACUGGCAGAAAUUCUAACUCUAUUAGAGAGUUUCUGGAGAAGAAUUACAAGGAGACAUCUGGACAAGAAACCAUCAAGUUGGCAAUCCGUGCUUUGCUGGAGGUUGUGGAGAGCGGAGGAAAGAACAUUGAAGCUGCCGUGAUGACUAAAGAUCACGGUUUACGGCAGCUUGAAGAAGCUGAUAUUGAUGCCAUUGUUGCCGAGAUAGAGGCUGAGAAAGCUGCUGCUGAGGAUGCCAAGAAGACGCCUUCAACCAGGGAAACUUCAUAA